AUGUACAGUAAUACAGAGUGCCAGGAUGGCUGGUCGCAGUUUGGAUCUCACUGUUUCAGGAUCUUCACAGCAACCACAAACUGGAAUGAUGCUGAGCAAAACUGUAUUUCCAUGGGAGGACAUCUUGCAUCUGUGCACAGCAGUGAAGAGUACACUUUCAUCCGGGCUUUAGUGCUGAAUGCAACCAAAUCAAACUCACCAACAUGGUUAGGUGGCAUGGACGCUGCACAGGUGGGAGCGUGGGUGUGGACAGAUGGGUCGGAAUUCAGUUUCACCAACUGGUCUCCUGGACAACCUGAUAAAAACACUCCUUUAGAGCGCUGUCUACAGAUGAAUUAUAACGGUAUCAUAAUUCAACAUUUCAUUACUGUACAGAAAACAGGCUUCCACACAUAG